CCAUUGGAACGCGGCGGGUACGACCUCCGGUUUUUCGUGUCAGCUGAUCAAUUCCAUUCCUGUCUGCUGACCAGUGGUUGAGAAUGUCGGGCAAGGAUAAAUUACCGAUUUUCCCCUCUCGGGGGGCUCAGAUGUUGAUGAAGUCCCGCUUAGCUGGAGCUCAAAAGGGGCAUGGAUUACUGAAGAAAAAGGCUGACGCGUUGCAAAUGCGCUUCAGAAUGAUCUUGGGCAAAAUCAUAGAAACCAAGACUUUGAUGGGCGAAGUAAUGAAGGAGGCUGCCUUCUCUCUGGCCGAGGCGAAAUUCGCUACGGGAGAUUUCAAUCAGGUGGUCUUGCAAAAUGUGACAAAGGCACAGAUCAAGAUACGUUCGAAGAAGGACAACGUCGCUGGUGUCAAUCUGCCGAUAUUCGAAUCUUAUCAGGAUGGAACGGACACUUACGAGCUGGCGGGUUUAGCCAGAGGUGGUCAGCAACUGGCCAAACUGAAGAAAAAUUAUCAGCGGGCGGUGAAAUUACUGGUAGAGCUGGCGUCACUGCAGACGAGUUUCGUUACCCUCGACGAGGUCAUUAAGAUCACAAAUCGACGCGUCAAUGCUAUAGAGCACGUGAUCAUUCCUCGUAUCGAGAGGACUCUAGCCUACAUUAUUUCUGAGCUCGAUGAGCUUGAAAGAGAAGAAUUUUAUCGCUUGAAGAAGAUUCAGGAUAAGAAGAAGAUAGCUAAGGCAAAGCUUGAAGCGGAGAGAGUACAAUUGAUGGCGGAUGGCCUUAAUCUGGAUACUGCAAACCUGCUGGAUGAGAGCGAUGAUGAUGUGCUGUUUUAAAUAUUGUGUAAAUAACAUGUUAUCGCUAUUAAGAGGAAUCAUUAAUAACGAAAAAGAGAUGAGAAAUCCAUUUAGCUCUUUAUCUCGUAAUUUUAUCUCGUGGUAAUGUCAGUUUCAUUUGUACAUUUAGAAAGUAGCAUAAGCAGCCUUUCGAAUUCUCUUUUCUUGCGGAAUUUUCAAGAAUCGCCGAUAUUAUUGCCUUUAUUUAUCCUUCCAGAAAUAAAUUGUACAGCAAUAUAUAGCACAAGCAAUCAUGUAUACAUCACGGCUAUUCUAUUACUUUUUUAAAAGUAUUCCAGAUAUUGUGAGUAAACCCUACGUAGCAAAGAAUCUUAAUUAUACAUAUUGCCAAUCAUUCCAUCGUCAUCCAAAUCAUUUCUGAUUUGUAUGAUGCAAGGAAUUGUACAAUCCAGUACUCUAGUAAUAAUUACGAAUAUAAUAAAUAUAUGUAUAUAUUUA